UUACGGCGCAAGGACUCGAUGUUCGAUGCGUUCCGAAUGUUCGAACUGCACAGAACAGAUAUUGCGGGGCAUUGCGUAUGGGUGGAAGGCUCCUCCGGGGUAGGGGAAAGGCAGACCAGAUACGACCAGAUGCGUAGGAUAGUGCGCCAGAUGUAGUACGGGCAUGGCUCCCUAUAAAAGCGUUACAUCCCACCGAUUGACCCCAUCAGUAACAGAAGUACCGGAGAACUUGUCACAACCUCUUCAGGAGCUGCUCGCUGGUGUGGAUACAUAUAUCUGGCAGCCAUCUUCACAGACAACGGAUAUUAAACGGAUUGAGCUGAUUAUUCCAAGAGUGAAAUUCUUUCUACUAUCGUACCACUAAAAAAUGGCUAAAGUUAGUGCUGCCUGUGUGCUGUUGGUUUGUCUGUGGCUCCGAGUGAGUGCGGCCCUGCCCGCUUUCGAGGAUGAUCGGGAUUUGGAUAGAGAACUCUAUAUCCGCCAGCUGGCCGAAUGGCUCGCCGACCAGUCGACGGACUUUCUGAACGAGCUGACCAGCUUCCCGCCGUGCAGGCCGUGUAGCAGCUACGAGCACACCCGGCAACCGAUUGCCGUCGUCCCGCGAGCACCGUACGCGAAACGUAACUCCGAGCUAAUAAACUCCCUCCUAAGCCUGCCGAAAACGAUGAACGACGCUGGCAAGUAAGCGGCAGCGGACUGGGACACCAUUGCCGGCCAACGAUCAGAAGGAGGCGCCGCAACUGCAAAUGAUGAUCAGGAACAAAGUUACAUCCACCACCUUCCUUUCCUUCUUGCUGGGACCGACCGCACUAGGGGACGACAUUGUUGGGGCAUGAGGGAACAUAAGGGCUGUUCGACGAUACCAUCCUGUUGAAUGCCAGCCCUGCGCUACCUUGCUGCUUCCGGUCGAUUUUCUUCGCGAAUGUGUUACAAAAACAGUUUUCUUACCAUAGAUUCGUUUUGUUCUCCCAUCAUACGACAUCUUCAAUUACCCUACACACCGAAACGAAAAUAAUACAAUUAAAACCAAAAACAAACACAAUCCAUAUUGGUGUUACGGUAGAGCUGAUGGUAAAAUAUAAGUGAAUUGCUUCUACUGCUAAUAUUAUUACAAAACAAAAACUAUUAUUACUACUACUACUACUGCAACUACUCUACUCAUCUACCACUACCUAUCUACUACUGUAUCCUUGCGAUAGUGCGCAAACACGCCAGAGUGGUACGCGUUCGUUUAUCUUUUCUUUCUUUGGUUAGGCGUUUGCAGCGAAUUUACGCGAGUUGGAAGAGAAGAUGGGAACGUUGUUUGUAAAAAUAAUAAUAAAAAAAAGAAGUACGAUAGUUACAGUUUGAAA